CCUUGUCCCUCCUCAGAUCCUUUGCAUACGUUUCCCGACAGUGUUAGUGUUUUGAGUGAAAAUAUCUUCCAUUUGGUUUUAAGUCACGAGUCCUCUUUUACAAAGUUGACAUUACUACAAUCGUUAAGGUGAACAUUGGUAUGGGAACGAGUCUCUCUGGAACCACGAACGUCAACCUCUGUAGUCCUUUGGUCCAAGUCGAUAGAAAUUAAGAAAAAAAAAUUACCAAAGGUCUUCGAGGAAUUCGUUUAAAACUGAACAUUAUUGAUUUCACGUGUAAAAAAAAAGGUCGUCUGGAGACGCACAAGGUAAAGAAGACGGACUUUGGAAAGUGGAAUAGUAAAUUGGAUUAAAAAAUAUGUUUCAGCUAUUGACUUAGAGAACUGAGGAGAAAUCAAGUUGGAGCCAGAAAAGCUGUGUAGAAAUCUCGCUCCAUAUUACGCGGAAGUUUGCGCGCAGUUAAUGUUCUUUGGAAGUUAGGGAAGUUGGAGUUUAGUUGGCGAAAUUAAAUGAUUAAAUUCUUUAUACUUUGCUUUCAGAAAGUGAGGGUUAUGUUAAGUGCUGGGUCGAAGACUUGAGUGUUUGUAAGAGAAAUAGCGAAGGAAAAAUGAGACAUUAAACUGAUGUUUUCCUUUGAUAGAAGAAAAUAGUCGAUUACUUGAGAGCUGACAUAGAAAAUAGGAACGACAAACUUUUCACUCUUGAGUUGAGAUAAAUUAAUGUGAACAAGUUUAUUUAAAGUUAAAGGGAAAGAUAAGAACACAAAAAAAAGAUAACGGAACAAGGAAAGCAACUCAAAGAGUGAAAACAGACCAGGAAAUAAAAAAAAAGGCGUGAAAAUAACCGAGAACUGAAAGAGAUAGAAAGACGCAGCCGGACACACACGAUGCCUCAGUACAAACUGAAGUACUUCAACCUGAGGGGGAGGGGGGAACCCGUCCGCUGGGUCUUGGCAGCCGCUGACCAGCCCUACGAGGACAUCCGCUUCUCCAGGGAGACCGAGUGGCCCUUCAAGAAACCAGAGAUGCCCUACGGCAAGGUGCCCGUGCUGUACAUCGACGACAAGCCCCUGAGCCAGUCGGUGACGAUCUGCCGCUACCUUGGAAGGAUGCACAACCUCUAUGUGGAUGACCCCUGGGAAUCUGCCAUCGGCGACGAAGUGGCAGACUCCGUCCAUGACCUGCUGCCCCACGCUGCCCAGAUGGUCUAUGCCAAAAACGCGGGAGACGCCGAAAAAGCGAAGAUGUUGGCCACAGAGUUCUACACCAGCACUCUCCCGCCUGUCAUGAGAGAGCUAGACCGAAGACUGGAAGGGCGGGAGUGGUUCUGUGGUGACAAGAUGACGUGGUCAGACGUGUUCGUUGCCUGUUACCUGAGUCAGCUGAGUGCCCAUCACGAGGGCUCCCUGGAUGCCGUUCCCAGGCUGAAGGCGCUGGUCGAAAAGGUUGUCAAGAUCCCCCAGAUAGAGAAAUGGAUCAAGGAACGUCCUGACACACCUAUGUAAACCUUCCUGAGAUUCGUAAACAGCCAUUGUACUUCUCCACACUGCUGAUGAUGAGCACUGACUCUUGAUGGACGGGCUUUUGAAGAGCUUGCAUGAACUCUGCUGGAUACGGAAGUUUGAAAGAGAACCACUUCAGUUUGAUUCGAUGGACGGCGCCUUCCUUGCUCCUCUUGGAAGGCCACGGGUAGAAGAGUAACAUGUUUCGCGGGCUUUUUGACAGCGUCUCGGCCUUGACUUGUGACGAUCCUGAUCUGGUCUUGCCUUGGUACUGUGGGUUGGGCAGUGUGAACUGCAAACCAUUUAAUGGUAGGGUGAACUAGUCACGCAGAAGCAGUGAUGGAAUCAUGUCAACAACAUUUUGGAUAUAGUGUCUGUGGCAGUAGAGACGCAGUCUCCUGCGCGGGCAAAAGAGGUAGCUUCAUCAAAUGAAAGCUUCAAAUCGAAAAGUAGUAUGCAGUUCGCAACAGGGAAAUGUAGUCAAUAGGUAGCUGGCUCUCACGUGCAUGUCUCAAUUUUCAGCAAAAACUUUUUUGGUUUCAGAAUGCAUCACUGUUGUUUUUCAUGACAAUUUUUAGUCAGUUUUAUGUUACUGUAAUGUAAAAUCGGCAUUUAGUGAUUUGAUGUUCGCUCAUAAUUUUAUUCUUAGGCGGGAACUGAGUUCUACAACAGUAUUAAAAUCAUAACAGUUCAUUUCCUAAACAAUGAAGUCGUAGAUUUUAUUUUUGUGUUCGUUCUGUGCUGACUCAAAUAGAUUGGUGUUUCCCCUUUGGAAAAUACGUCACUGCCUGGCUUCACAGUGGGGUGUAUUAGAUAGUGUUCAUUGCUUAAUCUCUUCUUUGCCUCUCGUCUGUAUGUUACCAUGUUCAUAUGAUAGUCAUUUCUAGUGUGUUGCAGUUUCUUUUAUGGUAACUGGAGCUUUGGCUUCCCUGGCAUUGUUUAAUCAUUUUCUUGUGAAUAUAAAAUCCAAGUGAGGUGUCGUCGUCAUUUGUGAAGAAGAGAAGUCAUAGCUCUUUGCCCUAGAUUCUUUAACAUAUCAGUGAGAAGCAGACUCUCAACUUUCAUUGGUCUGUAGGAGUCAUGUGCUGACAAGGAGAAACUGCUCUAAGUGCAAAGAAGGAAUUCUUGAUUGACCGCUGAAAUGGAUGCAGUCAUCUCUCAUAGAAGAACCUACAGUAAACAAAAUAAAAAAUAAAUAAAUAAACAGCUUGUGCCUAUGGUUUUUUAUCCAAGAAUACAACGGGAAAUCUAGGCAUUCUUGGCUACAGAGGGUACAUACACUUUACACUUUUACUGUGAUGUAAUGACAUGUAUUGUCCAUGUGAUUUUUGCAGGAAGAAGACUAAUAUAUGCCUUGAGUCUCCGAGCUUCCUGUCAGAGUUUAACGAAAUUCUUAACAGUUUUCCAAAAGGAUAUUUUUAUAAUGAAGACCUUUCAGUACUUGUCAUUGUUGGAAAUGUCAAUUAUUUUUCCUCCUGUACCAGUCAUCUAACUGUCACCGUAAAAGUAAUCUUAAGUACCAACCUCUUCAGAGAAGGCUAGAGUUGACAGCGCCAUCUGUCCGAUGAGUUUCUUGUACAGUGCAAUGUCUGUAGGUGUUGGGAUCCUCUCUCGGGUAACCACGUUGCUAGAGGUUCAAUCGAAGCUUCAGGUGGUGUUCGUGUAUCAAGCAUUGAAGUAACACAGUCAGGUCAGUGAAGUCUUUUGACUCAGUGUUUGAAAUCUAAAGUGAGUUUGAGAGUAGACGUGUCAGUUUUUGUCUCUUCUUCGACUAUACAUUAGUACUCUCUGUACAGGACGUAUAAUAUUUGUAAUUGUCAGAGUGUUACUGAAGGUUAGGAUCAGUCACGUGUGCAGUUUAGUCUCUGUCAUAUGCAAUCUAGACCCAUUAUUCUUAUGUCUCUAAAAUGUGUGGUCAAGUCAGCUUUAAUUCAAUCUAACUUUCAACUAAAUAGCAGCAAAGUCUUGAAUUUACAACCAUAGCGUGUUUAAGUCCUUAUGGAGCUCAAAUACGUUUUAACAAUGCACUGCCAGAAAUAUUUCUUUCUUGCCUCUAAUUUGCUUGAUGUCAAGAUCUGGUAGAAACGAAGCAGACAGCUGAAGUUCAGGCUGUCGUAUUCAUUAUGAAUACCUGAACUUCAGUCAGGGAAACUUUGUUUGGAUGGUUCAGUAUAACAGAGAAACAUGUAAAUGCAUAUUUAACAUAAUAACCACUGAACUUCCACAUAUUUAUGUGAUUCAGGACAAGCCGAAAAGAGCCCGUGAUAUAUGCUCCAUAAAUGUUGAAAAAUUUAUACCGGUUAUAUUUCAGUAUAACGAAAUCCUGAUUAAUUCACAUGUCUUAGGACUAGUUUAAAAAUGGUGGUAUUUCUUUAGAAAAUUAACACAGAGUAAGAAAAGUAACUGGCUUUGAGUAAAUGAACGAUUGCAAUAGAUAUGGACUGGACCAAGAACCGAGUUUAUUGCUGGAAUAUUCUGCUCACUUCAACACAUUCGACCAGCUUUCUUUAAAUCUGGUUGCAAACCUUUCGUUACCUACGGUGAUGUGACUUUUAACUGAGCUACCAAGUGGGUAGUUUCAGGAGAUACUGGACAGUACUUGCUAAGAUAAUAUAAUUGAAGGUAGCUUUCUUCUGGGUAAAUGUAAGGAACGUUACAGGCCCGUGACCUUACCAGCUGCAAAAGCGGUGUACCGUGACCUGUAACCCAGUAUUUUCUGCUCUUUAGUCAAACAUUGAGUCAAGAUGUCUUCACUGUUGUUUUCGAGAGAAUGCUUUGUUGACUCGCAUUUAAACUGAAAGGAACGUGAAACGGAGAAUAAGUAGAUGCUUUGGUGUGUUGCUUGAUCUUUCAUAGAACAGAAUUAGUGUCCACAUUAACCACCUUCCAGUAAGUCAUUCCUGUGUGUAUGUGUGUGUGCGUGUGUAUGUGUGCGCGCGCUUGUAUACACGUGUAAACCUUAGGAUAACUCAGUGUACUGCCGCAGCCAAAUCAGCUCAAAUUGUUGAAUAGGGUUCUUCUCCCUCGAUCUUAGUCAGACUUCUGAUAUUGCUGAGAAAUGUCAUUACGUACAUAGUGAUGGUUGUUACGGAUUCUCUUCAAUCACGCCUUUGUUUCCUGAAGAUAACUCUUUAAUACCUGAUUAAUCCCUCCUACACACACAAAAUUUCUCUAUUUUGGUGUCUUGGUUAAUAAUUUGCAAAGUUUUCCCUUCGAGAACAUUUUAUUGACUCAUAUUCAUUCAUGGUUAAUUUUAUGAUUAGUUUCCUUGCAGUAAUCACGUUUUCCUUUGGAAUAAUCACAUUUUUGUUUGGAACAACCAAAUCCUUUGGAAUAAUCUUUUUUUUUCUUUUGAAUCAAAUUUUCCUUUGUAAUAAUCAAAUUUUCCUUUGGAAUAAUCAAAUUUUUCUAUGGAAUAAUCAAAUUUUCCUUUGGAAUAAUCAAAUUUUCAAUUGGAAUAAUCAAAAAAAUUUUUGGAAUGAUUCAAAUUCUCUUUGGAAUCCAAUUUUUCUUUGGAAUAGUGAAAUUUUCUCUUGAAAGAAUGCCAUUCCUUACAGGACAGGAGUACUCGUCCUUCUUUUGUUGUAGCUCCUGAGUUCAAACCUUUCACAUUACCAUUGACAAUAUGUCUUCCUCUCAAUUUCUACACCACUUGCUACUGAUGCUUUUGUCAUGUCCUUCAAGAUGAGACUUUCUUAUUCAAUUUUCACUAUCGAAUUUGGAACUUCAAGCUACUUAAUUAACGAGCCUUGAAGCGGUUAUAUAGCUCUGUUGUAGAAAUAACAACCGUGGGAAACGUGUCCUCUCUGCGCCCUACUAAAUUUAAAUUAAUGUGUAAGCUGUAACAUUAGCCAUCCUAAUUGUGAUUUGUCUGAUGUAAUCUGUGUAUAGUGGUGACUUAUACACGGUGUCAUGUGCCUCGUUAACUUCCAUUCAUUUUCUUUUGUAUGUGAGGAAAACAAAUAAGCAAUGUACUGAAGACGUUGUACUAUGAUGUAAAAUCUUUCCCGUUUCAGUUCUCAUUCGACUGUUCGUGUGAAGCGUAACUUUGCACUUGUAAGGUUUAAGGUGUUUUAGAAUUGAAAAUCUUGCCGUAUGUCAGAGCUAUGUAAGCCCAGAUAAAGAUAAAGGACCGGAUAGAAUAUUUUUCUUAGAUUAUAUCAUCCAUGGUAUAGUUAAGACUUGUGCUCGAGAACUCAGAAUUCGCCAGAGAAUGCUAUGAAGGCACGACGAAGACUGUCUUAGAUUUUGUCUGUAAUUGCUGUAUGACCUAUAGCUACAGUAGACGGUAGGUUGAUCAUUGUGCUGGAGUUCAGUUUUUCUACCGAGUGUAAAAGGGGCACACCCCAACAGGUAUAUAGCCACUUGUUGUCUUGAGAUUUUGUAAAGAUAGCUAGGGGUAGUGCAAAAUAAGUGGGCUGUAUACAAAAUUGUAUUGGAAUAGCGUUGGGGUAAUGGGAUUGAAAUGAAAAGAGCAUAGGAUUUGGUUCACAUAUUAAGGAACAUGUUUGUUAUUUAGAUAACAUUUCUUGGGUUAGUCUAGAAUUGUACUUCUAGAACUUCAAACUUAUUAAAGUAAUAGCAGUUUGCUUAUGAUGAAAAACAGCAUUGACAAAACAGUUAAAAAGCUUAAAGUAACUGUUGAAAGCUUAAAGCUUGAUAUUUAAUUUAUAAAUAAAGUGAUAAAGGAAUAAAAAAGAAAUAUCAGAAAAGCAGGUAUCAAGUAACCUACAAGUAGAUGAAUUUGAUAUUUACAAUUUUAUCAAAUGCUAUUUAAAAGUUUUUAACGAUGACUUUGCCUAAAGUACGAAUAAACAGUUCAAGAAAAAAUGCAAAUUAUGGAUAACAGUGGCCCCUAUUUGAGGCAAGAAACGUUUUAAAUCUGCAAUGUGAGCAUAUGAUUGAAUGAAAAGUUGGUAAUUAAAAAUUUAAGCACGGCUGAACAUCCAGGAAAGAAAAUUGAUGGAGAAGGUAGUCAUUCCAUUUUAGUUUGCCCCAUUGGAUUACUGUAAUUGCACUAAAUGGGAUUCAGUACAGUAAUUACCAGUGGCCGAAAAUGACAUGUGUAGUGACUGUAAAAUCUGUUAACCGAUAUGAACAAGGUGUAAGUUACAGGCACAAACAGUUUAGUAGACUUGGUAGGAAAAACUAUGAAAUUAAAUCACUGAAAGAAGUCGACUGAACGAUUGGUAGUUAUAAUUGGUCUGGUAGUUUCUGUUCUUGGCUUGUAGAUGUCACUUAAAAGUGUACGUAUAGUCUCCCACAGAUCUCUACUUUUGGGAGUUUUUAUGUUUAGCAUCAGGGUUGUCAAUAAUUGUUUUUUCAAUGUAGGAUCCUGUUUGCUGUAGUCAUGCUUUCAUUACUUGUAUGUUGGUGAUAAUACUGUAGUGAAAUGUCGGUUUAUCACGCGCGGUGUCAGGUUCAAUGGUGCAGUUUCUCAUCCGAACACAAACAAUGUUACUUUUCUGCCAAGAAUGGUCUUUUCAGUUGGAGCAAAAUAUAAUGGUUGCAUGUGCAUCAGUGUGCAAAGUUUAUCCUCAUUUCCCAAGCAACUUAGAUGUCCAGCUUCGAGUUAAGUCAGUCUUUUCCAUUAUACGUAAAGUAUGUUGCUUCCUCAUUAGAAAAAAAACAAUAUAAUAUGCCUCGGUAACAGAAUAUAGUUUUGGUCAGAUUCAAGGAAACCAUUAGAAGACUGGGAACGACCCAUUCUCAGACAUUUUGACCAGUAAUGUAUUCACUGCCUCUGUCAAGGAGUACCUUCAUACUUAAGGUAGACAGAUUGUUGCUGGAUGAAGAUGGUUUUGUAUUCACUGUCAUCAAACUUUUGACAAUAUUCCACUAGUCUGUAUUGUCAAGAACUGCCAUCCCCCACUAGACUUUACUGCAUAAGAGUUUCAGGGAUCCCACUGUAAGUAAAGUAAACUGGAAAUUACAGUAUAAGUAGUGUCCACAAUUGACAACUUCAGCCGUUGUAUUUAACAGGUGUGACUCCUCUGAUUCCUUACGUGGUUAAUUGACUCUUCAUGUACUUCUCUGCCACGUACCACACUUUAUCAAGUCUUGAAUGCAGCCAAACUGAUCUCAUGCAAGCAGUGAUUGUGUUCCGAUUAUGAAGGUGCAUUUUUGUUAUUUUGAAUAUCUGUAGGAUUGCAUCAUGUGUGCUAUUUAUGUAAUGGCUAAAAUUACAUGUAGUCAAUCGUAUUUGUGCUUAGUAGUUAAGAGUGGUAACAAUGACAUGCAUUUCCUGUUUUGCCUUACAUUAUUGUGUGCUGUGUAAUAUAAAAAAAAUAA